CCAGGAAACGUAUUUCCGGCGGAAAGGGCUGGGGGCGUGUGCUUCCGGGUUCUCGCCUCAGGACAGGGGCGUGAUAUGUAAGGCUCCAGUCGCUCCGGAAGAGCCAUGUCGGACUCGGAGGAAUUUUCGUCGGGGGAGGACGAGGAUUACCUGCCUUCAGGUGAAGAGUACAGCGAAGAUGAUGUCAGCGAGCUGAUAAGGGAAGAUGAAGUGGAGGAGGUGAAGAAGCAGUCACACUGGGAGAAGUGCAAAAAGGACUCUAAAGGGAUUACUCCUCGGAAGAAAAAGAAACAAGGUGGGCUUUUCUUAGAACUGGGUGAAGGAGAAUCAUCAAAAGACAAUAAAAGUGACAAUGAGGACAGCGAAUCAGAAGAAAGUCAUAAUUCACAUAUAAAAGAAAACGAGAAAAGAAAAAAGGAGGAUGCAUUGUGGGCCAGCUUCCUCAGUGAUGUUGGCCAGAAACCCAAAGCUAUUCCUACAGACCAGACACCCUGCAUUCAGAAACACAAGUCAGCUGAUGAGAAGAAUGUGUGCAAGUCUCAAGGGGAACCAAAGGAAACGGAGAAUAACAAAAUCACAGUCACCAAAGUAUUUGACUUUGCUGGUGAAGAGGUGAGGGUCACCAAGGAAGUAGAUGCUGCUUCAGAGGAAGCCCAGCGCUUUCUGAAACAGCAGGAGCCGAAGAUUGCAACCCAGGCGUCUCAUCCGACUGUUUCGGGAGUGAAGCGGCCCAGCAGUAUUAACAGCCUUCUGGGGAAGAUUGGUGCCAAAAAGCAGAAGAUGAGCACGCUGGAGAAGUCCAAGCUUGACUGGGAGAACUUCAAAGAAGAAGAGGGCAUCAGUGAUGAGCUGGCCAUCCACAAUCGAGGGAGAGAUGGGUAUCUGGACAGACGAGCGUUCCUGGAAAGAGUGGAUUACCGGCAGUUUGAGCAUGAGCGGGACAUCCGCCUGAGCAACAUGAAACCCUGAACCACCGGCCGAGUCCGACUCCCAAUCCAGCCACCCCCAGAAUGACCUCUUCGGGUCUUCUUUUCCACUGCAAUAGUCAAUAGGUGAACUGAGGUCCCGGGCAGGCAAGGGGCAGCUCUGGGCGGCAGAUUGUUAACCGGGCGCAUCCCGGUGCCGGUUCCUCCGGGUGGGGGAGGGGCUGCAGAGGCCGUUUCCCGGCUGUCCGCGUUUUUGGUAGUUCAGAGGGACGCGGUGGACCUGGGCUGCAGAAUUGGCCCCCUCCUGCUCGUGCCCCUUGCCCGGGCGCUGAUUCCACAUGGCAUCAGCCCCAGGAUCCCCAUGUUGCUGGCGCGAACGGCCUCCUCGUGCAACCGAAAGGCUUCCCGCGCAAGGACCCCCUGCAGUCCUGCAUCGGACCAGCGUCAGACCAUGGUGCGUAAAGUAGCCCAUCAGCCUACUUCCCUAAGAGACUCUCCCAUGCAGAAGUCUUUAGCCUACUUUUUUCUAAAGCUUUUUCCCAGGAUUUUUAAAAAAAAAGUCCUCUGAGGAGUCACGCUGUGCAGAAAUGUUGGAAGAGCAGCAGCAUGCGUGUGAGGGAGGCCAACCUCUCCUUUCUUCCUUUGAAUAAAACAUUAAAUCUGU